GUCUCUCGUGAGCACCAACAUGGUCAGCACCAAGGUUACCGCCUCCAAAGCCGUCGCAUUCCUCAAUGGCUCGCCCACGCCGUUCCAUGCGGUGCGGAAUGCCAGUGCACGCCUGGAAGAAGCCGGGUUCACGCGGAUCAGAGAGACAGAUCAGUGGGAAUUGAAGCCCGGGGGGAGGUACUACUACACUAGAGAGCAGAGGAGCUUGAUUGCGUUCACCUUGCCUCAAGGUUGGAAGGCUGGCACUGGGGUGUCCAUCGUCGCUACUCACACCGACUCCCCCAACCUGCGUAUCCGCCCGGUGUCGAACAAGACCUCCUCAGGAUACCUCCAGGUUGCGGUGGAGACGUAUGGUGGUGGGCUCUGGCAUACAUGGUUCGAUCGCGACCUCAGUGUUGCCGGCCGUGUUGUGGUCGCUACCCCCGGGACGACGCAGUUCCAGACGAAGCUAGUGAAAGUUGAACGUCCUCUGAUCCGGAUUCCCAACUUAGCCAUCCACUUGGACCGUACCAUAAACGACCAGUUCAAGUUCAACAAGGAGACUGAGUUUAUCCCUUUCCUGGGGGUGCUAUCUGAGGAACUCAACAAGAUGCCCGAGCCAAAGUAUGAAGAAAAAGGGCCGCAGAUCAAGCCUGCCCCGAGUGAAAGGCAUCAUCCAGCUCUCCUAGCCGUGCUGGCGGAAGAGAUGAGCUGCGCCCCGGAGGAGAUCAACGAUUUCGAGCUAGCUCUCUAUGAUACCAACCCCUCGACCGUAGGUGGCCUGCAGAACGAGUUCGUUUUUUCACCGCGACUCGAUAACCUCAUGUCCACCUUCUGCGCUCUCGAGGCAAUCUGCGAGUCCGUAACUCUCGAAAAGAAAACCGACAACGUGAACUGUAUCGCGAUGUUCGACCACGAGGAGAUCGGCUCCGCCUCCGGCGUAGGAGCGCAAGGCUCGCUCCUUCCCUCCUUCCUGAGUAGGCUCUCGCCCACACCUGAGCAACACGCGCACAGUGUGGCCAGGUCCAUGCUUAUCUCAGCAGAUAUGACGCAUGCCUUCCAUCCCAGCUACGCGAGCAAGUAUCAGGAUGGGCACAGGACAAUGAUCAAUGGCGGGAUGGUGAUCAAGACGAAUGCGAAUCAGAGGUAUGCGACCGAGGCGAUUGGCGCGUGGGUUGUCAGAAGGCUGGCGGCAAGGAGGGGUGGCGCGAUUCAGGACUAUGAAGGAAGGAAUGAUAUGCCGUGCGGUUCGACCGUUGGACCUCUCCUCUCUCAACUCGGUCUCCGAACUGUGGAUGUCGGUGCGCCAAUGUGGAGUAUGCACUCUGUUCGUGAAACAUGUGGGGCCCAUGAUGUCCCCGCGGCAGUGAACUUGUUCCUUGCGCUGUUCGAAGGUUGGAGGGAUGAAGUUGGAGAGCUGAUGGUUGAUUGAUGACAUCAGUACAUUGGGGGUUGAUUGGGUCGAAUGGCUUCGGAACUCGGUCUUACUGCUCUAAAUUGAAUGGUUC